UAUCCUUCGUCUGAAAUAUGAGAGAAAGAACUGAUCUAUCUCCUACUUAACUCGAAGUGGAUAUUUCUUAAUAAUCGUGAAUAAUGCACUAAACAAAACAACUAUUUAUGUAAGUAUCUACAGACGAUUGGUAUUCAAUCAUUCUCAAAAUAAAUUUUGGACUGGGUUACUUACCUUAUCUGACGGAAGCGAAUAGAGAGAAUUUAGUUUAAACUGAAAUGAAGUUCAGUCAGGGUCACCAAGCUUAAAUAUAAUCACGCCACAAUUUAUUGAGAGUACGAACUCAACAAAUACCUAGUGGAUAUCGAUAUGAAGCCAGGAAAGAAAUGGGAAUGUUCAAAGUGCCCUAAAAUAUUUAAACAUAAGCAAGAUUUGACGAGACACAUUGUCACGCACGAUCCCGAUGCCAAGGUCAAAUGCGAGAUUUGCGGUAUAAUUUCCCGAAGCAUAGCACGCCACAUGCGGAGUGUUCACAGCAACCGGAGAGACCAAGUUGUGACACGUGUCACCGAGUCUUUUUCGAUCUUCCCACUUUACGGAAACAUAUUAACACCGUCCACAAUCCGAAGGACCGACCUCAUUUCGCAUGUACGUUUCCCGGCUGUGAGAAAACUUACCAAAGAAGUGGUCAUCUUAGGGCGCAUGUAAAUUCUGAACACACCCAAAAUCCGGUCCGAUAUCCGUGCACACUUUGUGGAAAGGAAUUUAAAAACAGUCCUCACCUCAAGCGUCACAUUGCCACGCACACGACGGAGAAACCACACAAUUGUGCCACGUGUGGGAGGAGUUUCGCCGAGAUGGAAACUAUGAAAAGUCACGAGACGCAUGUAGAAAAAUCUACCCGAGACGUGUUAAAGUGGCACGUCUGUUCUCAGACCUUCAUAAGUAGACGCAGUCUACGAGCCCACAUCCGAGUUGUGCAUGAAAAUCGGAAAAAUUAUCCGUGCGAAUUUUGUGGCAAGAGUUUCUCGAGUGCCAAAGAUUUUGAGCGUCACGUGGAGGCGAGACACCCCACGAAUGAAGGGCUGAAGACCCAUUACUGCGAUAAGUGCGAGUACAGGAGUCACUCGAAACACAAUUUGACCAUGCAAGCAAAACGGCACAACGCUGCGAAUCGUGAAUGCUACUUUUGUCGAAAAAAAUUCCUCAAUUUUCAAGAGUUUGUGCAGCACUCUCGCACUCAUACCUUGGAAAAGUAGGAAUUCGGUGUAGGAAUCUGUAUGUAUGGAUUAUCAGGAUUCGUGAUGGUGCGUUAAACUAUGUAAUU